AUGUCGCGAAAGCAGCUCGACCAUGACUACAGCCUCCGUAGUAUGAGCAACCUGAUGGGCGAGCGGAGGAAGAAAGUGAGCGACGGAGGAGAGCGGAGUCUCAUCAAGACUCCGUCCAGCGCCAGCAUCAGCAGCCAGGGCGCCUCCUCCGCCGGGGCUACCGCCGCAGGUGCGCCCGCAGCGCCCCCGUCAUCCACCGGGGACCUGGAGAGGGCUGCGCGCAAGCAGUUCCAGCGGGAUGUCACGCCCGGCUUCGUCUACGUCCUGGCCGCGUUCUCCGCCCUGGGGGGGUUCCUGUUCGGCUACGACACCGGGGUGAUCUCCGGGGCGAUGCUCCUGCUGAAGAGGGAGCUGGACCUGAGCGCCCUGUGGCAGGAGGUGCUCAUAUCAAGUACUGUGGCCGCGGCCGCCCUGUCCGCCCUGCUGGGCGGCUUCCUCAACGGGCUCUUCGGGCGCAGAGUGUGCAUCUUGCUGGCCAGCUUCUUCUUCGCCGUCGGGGGGGUCGUGCUGAGCACCGCGCCCGGCAAGGAGGUCCUCCUGGCGGGGAGGCUCAUCGUCGGCGUGGGGCUCGGUAUUGCCUCCAUGACAGUGCCAGUGUACAUCGCUGAGGCAUCACCGCCCCACCUCAGGGGUCAGCUGGUGACGGUCAACACCCUCUUCAUCACCGGUGGACAGUUCACUGCCAGCCUCGUCGACGGCGCCUUCAGCUACCUGCAGCGCGAUGGCUGGAGGUACAUGUUGGGUCUAUCGGUGCUCCCCGCCGUGGUCCAGUUCGUGGGAUUCCUGUUCCUGCCGGAGAGCCCUCGCUGGUUGAUCCAGCGUGGGCUGACCCAGAAGGCCCGCCGCGUGCUCAGUCAGAUCCGAGGCAACCAGAACAUCGACGAGGAGUACGACAGCAUCAAGAACAGCAUCGAUGAGGAGGAGGACAGCGGAGGAGAAGGCCCUGUGAUUUGGAGGAUGCUGACCUACGCCCCCACUCGGCGAGCCCUCCUGGUGGGCUGCGGUCUUCAGAUGUUCCAGCAGCUUUCGGGAAUCAACACGGUCAUGUACUACAGCGCCACCAUCCUGCAGAUGUCCGGGGUGCGGGACGAUAGGCUCGCGAUCUGGCUGGCCGGACUCGCCACCCUCACCAACUUCCUGUUCACCCUGCUGGGCGUGUGGCUGGUGGAGCGAGUGGGCCGCAGGAAGCUCACCUUGGGCAGCAUCAUAGGGACAUGUUUGAGCUUGAGUCUGCUGGCCAUCGGCUUCCUGAUGACUGCCCAGCACAGUCCUCCUGUCACCUUCCACCCAUCAAACCCAUCUAUGGCCAACUCUACCUGCUCCAAAUACCAGCUGUGCGAGCCGUGCAUGCUGGACCCCGGAUGUGGCUUCUGUUACCGCGAGAAUGUCUCGGCGCUGCUCGCCUCCUCCUGCGUGCCGGUCGAUAAGGCCUCCACCGAGCAAGCAGCAUGGGGCAGAUGCUCCAACACCAGCCUGAUGAGAGAUCAGACCUACUGGGCCUACAACUACUGCCCCACCUCCUACUCUUGGCUGGUUUUGCUGGGUCUGGUCCUCUACCUGGCUGCUUUCGCUCCAGGGAUGGGCCCAAUGCCGUGGACCAUCAACUCUGAGAUCUACCCGCUGUGGGCGAGGAGCACGGGCAACGCCUGCGCAGCCGGAGUCAACUGGACCUUCAACAUCCUGGUGUCGCUCACCUUCCUGCACCUGGCGCAGUACUUCACCUACUAUGGAGCUUUCUUCCUCUACUCCAGCAUGGCUUUGCUGGGUUUCUUCUUCAUCUACGGCUGCCUGCCGGAGACUAAAGGCCGCCGCCUGGAGGAGAUCGAAGCGCUGUUCCAAAACCAGCUCUGCUCCUGCGGCGCCUCCGAUUCGGACGAGGGCCGUCAGGUGGAAUACAUCCGAGUCAAAGGUUCAAACUACCAUCUAUCGGACAACGACGCGUCUGACGUGGACUAAACCCUCGGUGAUAACCUAAACAUGCAGAGUGUAAUGUAAUGUUUUCUUAUAAUUUUUUAUGUGUGAGCUGAGCAGCCACUGUUGGUUAGGAAUCACAGUUUCGAGAGCGCGUUCACUUCCAAUUCAGUCCAAGUGAGGACGAGCCAACAUGUCGGCCUGUUCUCUGGAGUCAAACCUGCUUUAGUCGACCAUGCACUCCAAAUAUCUAAAUUACAACAGGCGUAAACCUUUUCCACACAUCACAGACGGAGUGAAACACGACACAAGGAACACUCCUCUCUCGUGAAGUACCACCGACGACGAUGUGCUUUUACAAAAAGAGGCUGCAGCUCGGUGUCAGUUGAGAUGUUCCUGAUAUUUUGUACAUCCGUUGACUAAAUAGAAAUUAUGAUUUACAUACGAUGUUGUACGUAGAGUAUGAAAGGUGCAGCAGCACGUCAGAAUAUGUUUCCAGUGAACGUGGUCGUGAGCGCCCGGGGUUUGUGCAUCCGCAAAGCUUUUGUUGCCACGACAGCAGUUGUGACACAUUGUCGACCCAUCGUACCAUUAUGCCUUUCUACAUGAAACACGUCUCAGUUACAUGUUGUUGAAGCUUGUAGCAUAGCGCACUAGUGUCAGUCCCUCACCUGAUGGCAGUCUUAGUUUGUGGUCUAUUUUUAUGAGAAGCAAAUACCAGAGAUGUACAGUAUAUUCUCCAAGUUUAGAAAACUGGUAUUGUCAGUUGGUGCCUAAAUCAAUCUCUCUUCAAUCUAGUAGCACUGAAAGGAAUACAAGUUAUCUGUCUAUCGUUUAUAUUUAUCUAUUCAAAUAUUAUUUUGCACCAAAGUAUUGCUUCAGCAUUGUCUCCGUUUGGUCUCUAACAGAAUACCACGAAGAGGACCGCCUCACGUCCCUUUGUCACCAAGCCAAAACCUACACCAUGACCCCAGGUUAUAAACACAGACGGUGGUAGGCUGGUUUUAUACAUAUCAUAUAUAUUUUACAUGCUGGUGAUACAUAAGUAUUCCUUUCAUUCGUACACAUAAUAAUAUUAGUGCCCGUGUAUUGUGAAGGCCUCUAAAGGCCGUUUUUCAGUCCAAUUUCCUAACGUGGAUGUAUUACAUCAUGUGACGAUCAUUAGGUUUACAUAGCUUUUUAUUUAUUUAUUUAUUUAUUAUUUGACAUGUACAUAUUUCACCUGUGAUGAAUGUACUUUCUUUUUGUUCUACUAUGAUUUCAUGUAUUUUGUCUUCCUCCAUAGCCUUAUGUACAAAUAGCAGAGCAUAUCAUUCACGUGGUUCUCGUGUCAAACGUCGAGGACUUGGCUUUAGUGUAGUUUGCCAUGUUGUUUUGUAAAAUCCGUGUGAGGUUGCACCUUGUUAGUCACACACACACACACAGGGUUGUGUUGCAGCAACAAAAAAACUAGACUACGGAGUAACUUUGUGUAUUAAAACACAACCCGUAAAUAACAGGCUGCGCUGUUACUGUGUCAUUUUUGACUCGUGGGUCAUGAAUUAAUAAGUUAUAAUACCUUUUUUUAAAUAAACUUUUCAAAUAAGAAGUUGCUCAUCAAACGCCGUGCAAUGACAUUUUCAGUGACCCGUCAAAGUUGUUGGAGAGAAGUAGCGGAUUCGAAAUGUGACGGUCUUGUUUUCAUGUUGCAUUUUCAUUUGACCUACGAUGAGCUGUCUUCAAACCACGCAAACUAGUUUUGUACUGAAAGUAUUAUUACAGGUCAAGAAAACACACACGGACGAAUCUCCAUCACACAGAUUGUGUAAUUAUACUUGUGUUGACCAAAAAUAUUUAGCCUGAUUGUUUCAGCUGUUGGCAUCCAGAUGUGUUGACAGGCCCUCCACCGCGGUGGGGGACAUUCAAUGUGUGCUUCUGGUGUAAAGGUCACACUUUCUUUUCUAUGUGAACCAACUAUGUGUGUUUCUACAGUUUACGGGGAACUACAAAAAUACCAAUAAAAAAAAAAAAGAGUGCUGUAUAGUAUAUUUGAUUAUUGUUCGAGCUGUAUAUGUUUUGCUAGAGUUUAUAUUCUAUAUAAAAUAAAGUGGAUAUCUACACUUGAAUA